UCCCUCAGCGUGAAUGGUAGCGUCCGAUCUCCCUCGCGCGCGCCUCUAUUUCGCUUAAUCAAUGCAGAAGGUUGUAGAGACUCGCGAUCUUACCGUGUUUCGCCGUGUGCGCAUUUUAAGACAGCGGGAUCCCUACGGACGGUCAUCGUCUAACUGACUCUCCAUUCAGUGCUUAUUAUCUCUCUGCGUUCGGCAUUUUAUCCGCUAUCCGUUGCUUUCACGUGCGAUGCUAUAUAUUUAAAGGAAUUGACAGUUAUCUUAAGAAAAGUAUCGACGUCGCGUUUGGAAGGUGCUCCCCGAGGGAAAUAAAAGUUUCCUUCGGGAAAUGAACAGGCUGUUCAGCGCAGGUGAAGGACUGUACAGCUGUUGAGACCUCCACCUUGCUGACUGAUCUGAUCAUCGGGCUGCAGCAGCUGUCAUGGAUCUGAAGGAGCGCAGGCACCGUACACUGACCCACGGCUGCUGUGGGAAAGAUUUCCAGUUCACCACCUCCUCCCUGGACCACGACGAAUGCCGCGUACCCACCCAGAAGUCCUACAGCUCCAGCGAGACCCUGAAGGCUUUCGAUCAUGAGUCGCGCCUGCAUUAUGGGGGAUGUGUGACUGACCUGGUGCAUCAUGAAGCAGAUGAGUUCACCAGACAAGGAGAGUACAUGGAUCUCUCCCCAUUCCUGAGCUACUUCAUGUCAGGGAACUUUACUCUAGCCGAGCUGGGCAUUUGUGAACCGGCCCCGCAUCAGAACGCGUACUGCCCAGACAUCGGCCUCUUGCAGCGCGGCUACUCUCUGAGUGCCAGCUCCGACGCGGACUCCGACCCAGAGGGCACGAUCUCACCGGAGCGAGCCAUCCAGCUGUGGGCCGGCCACGACAUCAAGUCCCGCCGCAGCUCUGGCCUCUCCAGCCGGGAGAACUCAGCUCUUACCCUCACCGACUCUGAGAACGAGAACAAGUCUGACGACGAAUCAGGUCGUCCCCUCCCUCCCUCCACCGCCUCCUCCAGCUUCCUGCCCCCUGCUCCUUCUCCUCCACCCAUCCCCCUUCAUCCGGCCCCGCCUAACAUAAGGGAGUGUCAGGUGCCCUUGCUGGACAGCAGCUCCUCCCACACCAUGCUGGAGCCCCACCCAGAGGACCAAAUCUCCCCCAACUCAUACCUCCUCCGGGCCCAGCCCCCCACUGGAGCUCCAAACCAUCACAGCCAGUCCACCCUGCGGCCGCCCAUCCCUCCACCGCACAACCACCAGACGCUGUCGCACCACCAGUCCUCUGCCAACUCGCUCAACCGCAACACACUGAGCGGCCGCCGCAACCCCAUUCACGCCCCUCCGUCCGCCCCGGGCGAAGGGCCCACCACACCCGAGUCAGUGCAGCUGCAGGACAGCUGGGUGCUCAACAGCAGCGUCCCGUUGGAGACCAGGCAUUUCCUGUUUAAGACCUCUUCAGGGACCACGCCUCUCUUUAGCAGUUCAUCUCCGGGUUACCCCCUGACGUCCGGCACAGUAUAUUCUCCUCCACCACGGCUCCUACCCAGAAACACCUUUUCCAGAAGCGCCUUCAAGCUGAAGAAGCCGUCCAAGUACUGCAGCUGGAAAUGUGCCGCCCUGUCGGCGAUCGCUGCCGCCGCCCUGCUGGCCAUUCUGCUGUCCUACUUCAUCGCCAUGAAUCUGUUGGGGCUGAACUGGCAGCUGAAACCUGUGGUUGGUCCCAUGCUGAACAACGGCUUGGGAGCCGGGCUGCCCAGCAACAGUGACGUAGCAACAGCGCCCUCUGGAGGCAGAGGGCCAUGGGCCGCUCGCAACAGCAGCGUAGAUACGGGCAGCCUGGAGGUGGGCAGGCGCGUGACCCAGGAGGUGCCUCCCGGGGUGUUCUGGAGAUCCCUGAUGCACCUCAGCCAGCCUCAGUUCCUCAAGUUCAACAUCUCCUUGGGCAAGGAUGCACUGUUCGGGGUUUACAUUCGCAAAGGGCUGCCGCCGUCCCAUGCACAGUACGACUAUAUGGAGCGUUUGGAUGGAAAGGAGAAAUGGAGCGUAGUGGAGUCGCCCCGUGAGAGACGCAGUAUUCAGACGGUGGUUCUGAACGAGGCCGUGUUUGUACAGUAUCUGGACCCUGGCACAUGGCACCUGGCUUUCUACAACGACGGCAAGGAGAAGGAAUCUGUCUCAUUUAGCACAGCUGUUCUGGACUCUGUGCAAGAGUGUCCCCGCAACUGUCAUGGUAACGGAGAGUGUGUGUCAGGAGUAUGUCACUGUUUCCCCGGGUUCCAUGGUAUGGACUGCUCGAAAGCGGCGUGCCCGGUCCUCUGCAGUGGAAACGGUCAGUAUGACAAGGGAUCGUGUAUCUGCUAUAGCGGAUGGAAGGGUCCGGAAUGCGAUGUUCCCAUAAGUCAGUGCAUCGACCCCCAGUGUGGCAGUCAUGGCACGUGCACAGAGGGCACAUGUGUUUGUUCUCUAGGCUACAAAGGAGAGAACUGCGCUGAGGUUGACUGCCUGGAUCCGACCUGCUCAAAUAAUGGCAUCUGUGUGAACGGAGAGUGCCACUGUAAACCAGGCUGGGGUGGACCAAGCUGUGAGCUGCCCAGAGCACAAUGCCCAGAUCAGUGCCACGGUCAUGGUGCUUUUAUUCCAGACACAGGCGUCUGUAGCUGUGACCCCAAUUGGAUGGGCCCUGAUUGUUCUGUUGAGGUUUGCUCAGUCGACUGCGGGACACACGGUGUAUGCAUGGGGGGCUCGUGCCGCUGUGAGGAGGGCUGGACGGGUGCGGCGUGUGACCAGCGUGUGUGUAACCCACUCUGCGUGAAGCACGGCACCUGUAAGGAUGGGAAGUGCGAGUGUGAACAGGGCUGGAAUGGAGAACACUGCACCAUCGACUUUUGGGAUGGAAGUAUUGAAGAUGGCUGUCCAAACCGAUGUAAUGGAAAUGGACAGUGUCUGCAAGGUCAAAACAGCUGGCACUGCGAAUGCAAGACUGGAUGGAGAGGCACCGGCUGCAAUGUUGCCAUGGAGACUUCAUGUGCAGACAACAAAGACAAUGAAGGAGAUGGUCUGACUGACUGUAUGGAUCCAGACUGCUGUAUCCAAAGUCCCUGCCAGAACAGUCCGCUUUGUAGAGGGUCCAGGGAUCCCUUACAGGUCAUCCAACAAGGCCAGCACCCUGAGCAGAAAGUUCGUUCCUUCUACGACCGUGUUAAGAUGCUAGUGGGCCGGGACAGCACACAUAUAAUCCCUGCAGACAAUCCAUUUAACGCAAGUCUGGCAUCACUGAUCAGAGGUCAGGUGGUGACAACAGAUGGAACCCCGCUGGUGGGAGUUAAUGUGUCGUUUGUCAAGUACCCACAGUAUGGCUACACCCUCACACGCCAGGAUGGAACAUUUGACCUCAUUGCCAAUGGUGGAGCCUCUCUCACCCUCCGAUUCGAGCGGGCUCCAUUUUUGAGUCAAGAGCGCACAGUGUGGCUCCCGUGGAACAUUUUCUAUGCCAUGGACACUCUGAUGUUAAAGACAGAAGAAAACACCAUCCCGAGCUGUGACCUCAGCGGCUUUGCGAGGCCUGAUCCUGUGGUAGUGGCCUCCCCCCUUUCUUCUUUCUUCAGUUCCAGGCCAGGAGAGAGGUCCAUCAUUCCAGAGACACAGGUUCUGCAUGAGCAGCUAGAGAUUCCCGGCACCAAUCUGAAGCUCUGUCACCUGAGUUCACGGACCCCAGGUUACCGCUCUUUGCUCAAGAUCACCAUGACUCAAGCCGUGGUGCCUCUCAGCCUGGUCAAAGUCCAUCUGAUGGUUGCCGUAGAGGGACACCUCUUUCAGAAGUGGUUCCAUGCUUCACCCAACCUCGCCUACACCUUUAUCUGGGACAAGACGGAUGCAUACGGUCAGCGUGUCUAUGGCCUCUCUGAUGCAGUGGUCUCUGUGGGGUAUGAAUAUGAAUCAUGUCCUAGUCUGGUGCUGUGGGAGAAGAGGACUGCAAUGCUUCAAGGCUAUGAGCUGGAACCUUCAAAUCUGGGCGGCUGGUCUCUGGACAAACACCAUAUACUCAACCUGCGCAGUGGCAUCCUUCAUAAGGGCAGCGGUGAGAACGUCUUUGUGUCCCAGCAGCCACCCAUCAUCACAAGCAUCAUGGGUAAUGGGCGUCGACGAAGCAUCUCUUGCCCGAGCUGUAAUGGCCUGGCUGAUGGAAAUAAGCUGUUGGCACCUGUAGCCCUGGCAGCAGGCAUUGAUGGCAGCCUCUACGUUGGAGACUUAAAUUUCGUACGCAGAGUUUAUCCCAACCUCAAUACCACACGCAUACUGGAGCUCAGAAAUAAAGAUUUUCGACACAGUAACAACCCGACUCAUAAGUACUUCCUGGCUGUGGACCCAGUCUCUGGGGCUCUGUUCAUCUCUGACACAAAUUCUCGGCGAAUCUACAAGGUGCGAUCGCUCACAGGGGGAAGACAGCUGGCUGACAAUGCCGAAGUGGUGGCGGGCACAGGAGAACAGUGCCUGCCCUUUGAUGAGAGAUGCGGGGACGGGGGCAAAGCUGUAGAAGCCACUCUCAUGAGCCCCAAAGGUAUUGCUGUAGAUAAAAACGGGCUUAUGUACUUUGUGGAUGCCACCAUGAUUAGGAAGGUGGAUCAAAACGGCAUCAUCUCUACUCUCCUGGGCGCCAAUGACCUCACUGCUGUGCGCCCACUGAGCUGUGAUUCCAGCAUGGAUGUCAGUCAGGUACGCUUGGAGUGGCCCACCGACUUGGCAGUAAACCCCAUGGAUAACUCUCUGUAUGUGCUAGAGAACAACGUUAUUCUACGCAUUACUGAAAACCACCAAGUGAGUAUCAUCGCGGGGCGUCCCAUGCACUGUCAGGUGCCUGGCAUUGACUAUUCCCUUAGCAAACUGGCCAUCCACUCCGCCCUGGAGAGCGCCACGGCUAUCGCCAUCUCCCAUACGGGUGUGCUCUACAUCACCGAGACGGACGAGAAGAAGAUCAACCGCGUGCGGCAAGUUAGCACCAACGGAGAGAUGUCACUGCUGGCUGGCGCUGUGUCAGAGUGCGACUGCAAGAACGACGUCAACUGUAACUGCUUUGCAGGAGACGACGGAUAUGCUACAGAUGCCAACCUCAACUCCCCCAUGUCUCUGGCCGUCUCACCGGAUGGCACGCUCUACAUUGCAGACCUCAAUAACAUUCGGAUCCGGGCCGUGCGUACUAACCGACCAGGGCCUUCAGCGUUGGGCCGAUAUGAGGUCGCGUCCCCUCAGGAACAAGAGCUGUAUGUGUUUAAUGAGGAGGGUCUUCACCUACAGACCAUCAGUCUUGUGACGGGUCUGCCUCUCUACAACUUCAGCUACAGCCCUGAUGGAGAGCUGACCACAGUGGUGGAUAACUGCAAUAAUACGGUGAAAGUGCGGAGGGACGGAGCAGGGCAGGGAGGAGCGGGACUGCUCAGGCUCAUCCUGCAGCCUGAGAAUCAGGUGGUUACGCUGGGACUGGAUCCUGCAGGAAGCCUGCGCUCCAUCUCUGCUCUCAACCAGGAGAUCGUUCUGCUGGGAUACAAUGGAAACACUGGUUUGUUGGCUACCAAGGCUGAUGAGACUGGCUGGACAACCUUUUAUGAGUAUGACAGUGAAGGAAGGCUAACCAAUGUGACGUACCCCACGGGGAUGGUUACAAGUCUGCAUAGGGAGAUCGAAAAAUCCAUCAACAUUGACAUUGAGAGCUCCAACAGAGAUGAUGACAUCACUGUUAUCACUAAUCUUUCAUCGGUAGAAGCGUCUUAUACUGUUGUGCAAGAUCAAGUACGGAACAGCUACCAACUGUGUAACAAUGGCACUCUGAGAGUAAUGUAUGCCAAUGGGAUGGGCAUCAGCUACCAUACCGAGCCCCAUAUCCUGGCAGGAUCAGUGAGUCCCACCAUCGGCCGCAGGAACAUCACCCUUCCCACUGAUAACGGUCUGAACUCUAUCGAGUGGAGGCUGCGCAAAGAACUGUCGAAGGGCAAGGUCACUGUGUUUGGCAGGAAACUUCGGGCACAUGGGCGCAACCUCCUGUCAAUAGAUUUUGAUAGGAACACACGGACUGAGAAGAUCUAUGACGACCACAGGAAGUUCACACUGAGGAUCACGUAUGAUGCCCAGGGCAGGCCAGCGAUAUGGCAGCCGAGCAGCAGCCUUGCAGUGGUGAAUGUGUCUUACUCCAGCACAGGCCAGCUAGUGGGGCUGCACCGAGGAAGUAUGAGUGAGAGAACAGAGUUUGACCCACAGGGCCGAAUCCUCUCACGCUCUUUUGUGGAUGGAAAGGUCUGGAGCUACAGUUACCUGGACAAGUCCAUGGUGCUGCUCCUACAGAGUCAGAGACAAUACAUCUUUGAAUUCGACGCGUCUAACCGCAUCACGGCUGUCACCAUGCCCAGCGUUGCCCGUCACACCAUGUUCACUCACGUCUCCAUCGGCUACAUCCGCAACACCUACAACCCGCCAGAGAGCAACGCGUCCAUCAUCUACGACUUCAGCGAGGACGGACGCCCCCAGGCCACCUACUUCCUAGGUACUGGCCGUCGUGUGCUCUACAAAUACGGCAAGCUGGCCAAGCUCUCCGAAAUCCUGCAUGACAGCACAGCCAUCACCUUUGGCUACGACGAGACAGCCGGCGUGCUAAAAAUGGUCAACUUGCAAAGCGGUGGCUUUUCAUGCACGAUUCGCUAUCGUAAAAUGGGUCCCCUGAUUGACAAGCAGAUCUAUCGCUUCUCGGAGGAAGGUAUGGUGAACGCGCGCUUCGACUACACCUACCACGACAAUAGUUUCAGAAUCGCAAGCAUGAAGCCAGUAAUCAGCGAGACACCACUUCCUGUGGAUCUAUACCGCUACGACGAGAUCUCCGGAAAAGUGGAGCACUUUGGAAAGUUUGGCGUCAUCUACUACGACAUCAAUCAGAUAAUCACCACUGCCGUCAUGACCCUCAGCAAGCAUUUCGACGCUCACGGCCGAAUCAAAGAGGUUCAGUAUGAGAUCUUCCGCUCUCUUAUGUACUGGAUGACGGUGCAGUACGACAACAUGGGCAGAGUAAUCAAGCGAGAGCUAAAGAUCGGCCCCUAUGCCAACACCACGCAGUACCGCUACGAGUACGACAAUGACGGACAACUCAGUGGCGUCAAGGUGAACGAUUGGUCCACUUGGCGCUACAGCUACGACUUAAAUGGCAACCUACACCUGCUCAACCCGGGUAACAGCGCCAGGCUCAUGCCGCUCCGCUAUGACCUACGAGACCGCAUCACGCGACUGGGUGAUGUCCAGUACCGUCUGGACGAGGACGGUUACCUCAGCCAGAGGGGCAGCGAUGUGUUUGACUACAACUCUAAAGGCCAGCUGGUGCGCGCCUAUAGCCGUGCAGCUGGAGCAUGGAGCGUCCAGUACCGUUACGAUGGACUCGGACGCAGGGUGUCUACUAAGAACAGUCUGGGUCAGCACCUCCAGUUCUUUUAUGCUGACCUGAACAACCCGACUCGGGUCACGCAUGUGUUCAACCACUCCAGCUCAGAAAUCAGCUCUUUGUACUAUGACCUGCAGGGCCAUCUGUUUGCCAUGGAGGUGAGCAGUGGGGAGGAGUACUACAUUGCCUCUGACAACACCGGUACGCCACUUGCUGUCUUCAGCAGCAACGGGCAGAUGAUCAAACAGGUGCAAUACACCGCUUAUGGGGAGGUGUACCACGACUCCAACCCUGAGUUCCAGCUCGUCAUCGGCUUCCACGGUGGGCUUUACGACUCGCUAACCAAGCUGGUGCAUUUCACACAGAGAGACUAUGAUGUUUUAGCGGCCAGAUGGACAUCGCCUGAUUACACCAUGUGGCAGAAGAUCGGAAAAGAUCUGGCACCCUUUAACCUGUACAUGUUCAAGAAUAACAACCCUCUCAGUGACAUGCUGGAUGUCAAGAAUUAUGUCACAGGUGAGAACUUAUAAUUGGGUG